GGGUAAGAGCAGGGACACGUCACAGCCUCCACCACACAGGGGACGAUGCUGGGUGAGGAUGAACUGAAGAGGUUGGAGGAGGCCUGUGACAUGGCGCUAGAGCUGAACCAAUCAAAACACAGGAUCUAUGAAUAUGUGGAGUCCAGGAUGUCGUUCAUUGCUCCUAAUCUGUCAGUCAUCGUUGGAGCCUCGACCGCAGCCAAGAUCAUGGGUAUUGCUGGGGGCCUGACCAACCUGUCUAAGAUGCCAGCCUGUAACCUGAUGCUACUGGGAACCCAGAAGAGGACCCUGUCAGGGUUCAGCAGCACCGCUGUGCUCCCACACACUGGCUACAUCUACCACUGUGAUGUGGUCCAGACUCUACCCCCGGACCUGAGGAGAAAGGCAGCACGCCUGGUUUCAGCGAAGUGCACCCUGGCAUCCCGAGUGGACAGCUUCCACGAGAGUGCAGACGGCAAGGUGGGCUAUGACCUGAAAGAGGAGAUUGAGAAGAAGUUUGAUAAAUGGCAGGAGCCUCCACCAGUGAAGACUGUCAAACCCCUGCCAGCACCGUUGGACGGACAGAGGAAGAAGAGAGGAGGGCGGAGGUAUCGUAAGAUGAAGGAGCGUCUGGGUCUGACAGAGAUCAGGAAACACGCCAACAGGAUGACCUUCGCAGAGAUUGAGGAUGAUGCGUACCAGGAGGACCUGGGUUUCAGUCUGGGCCAGCUGGGGAAGUCGGGCAGUGGACGCGUCAGACAGGCUCAGGUCAACGAGGCCACCAAGGCCAGGAUAUCCAAGUCCCUACAGAGGAAGCUGCAGAAGCAGAACAUGACGUACGGCGGCAGGUCCACAGUUGGCGGCAGGUCCACAGUUGGCAGCAGGUCCACAGUCGGCGGCAGGUCCACAGUUGGCGGGAGGUCCUCGGUCAGAGACAACUCCUCAGGAACAAGUUCCAGCGUAGCCUUCACUCCACUACAGGGACUGGAGAUCGUGAACCCGCAUGCAGCAGAGAAGAAGGUGGCUGAGGCCAACCAGAAAUACUUCUCCAACAUGGCAGAGUUCCUCAAGGUCAAGAAGGAGGGAGAGGGAAAGUGAGGAGUACACAUAGGAUUUAUCAUACACAUCCACACAUAUACAUACACACAGGAGAGACUGAUAUACAGACAUAGCAACUUGUAUUUCAAAAUGAAUGCAGAUGGAGUGAAAUGCAUUCACACUGUCUGAUUGAUCAGGCGUCAUUGCAUAACCAUGGGGAGAAGAUCGACCAUAACAGUGAAGAACAUAUAUUUAGAUUGUAUAUUUGUUUUAGAGCAUGUUGUGCUUUUUGAAAAACGUUUUGACUCCAUUUUGUUCCAUUUUAAUAAAAUUAAACUAAUA